AUGACACUUUCUACAUCAGGAAAAGAUGACAAGUUAGUCGCCACAAGUGCAGUUGACACCGAAUCGAAGGUCGACGGUCAUGUAUCUCUUGGCCAGGCUGAUGCAGCACUGGAGUACCUUCAUGCUGGCGAGGUGGCAACUUUCUCUGAUAUCGAUGAGAAAAGGCUGGUUCGCAAGAUCGACUGGAUGGUUGUGCCCCUAAUGUGGGCGAUCUACUUUCUGCAAUACCUAGACAAAAUUCUAAUCAAUUAUGCAUCGGUCAUGGGCCUUCUUGAUGACACUGGCAUGCGGACAGACCAAUUCUCAAACCUCGCUUUGGCAUUCUACGUAUCAUACCUCUUCUUUGAACUUCCAACUGGGUAUUUCAUGCAGCGUUUGCCAACUGCAAAGUACUUGGGAAUGAAUGUGACCCUCUGGGGCCUUUUGACAACUCUGAAUUGUGUUGCGAAGAACUUUUCCGGACUCGUCGUUCUUCGAGUGCUCCUAGGAUGUUUCGAAAGUGCUGUAGCACCUGCGUUGAUUCUGAUAACCUCCAUGUGGUACAAGAGGAACGAACAACCUAAGCGCAUCGGUUUCUGGUACCUGGGCACAGGUACCGCGACCAUAUUAGGCGCCCUCGUUGCAUACGGGCUGCUUUUCUACGAAGGAGACAAAUUUUACUCCUGGCAGAUCAUGUUCUUGAUCUUCGGGCUCAUUACUAUCGCAGUUGGGAUCACAGUUAUUGUUGUCUUUCCAGACAAUCCUAUGAAGUCUCGCCUUAGCCAUGAAGAGAAGUUAAUGGUAAUUGAGCGUCUUCGCGAGAAUCGGACGGGUAUCGAGAACAAGCAUUUCAAAUGGGAGCAAUUCUUCGAGGCUUUCAAAGACCCUCAGACCUACCUGAUCGCUAUAAUAGUUGCCUCGGGGAAUAUCAGUAAUGCAGCCAUCAGCAGCUUCUCGGCCUUGAUCAUCAAGAAUUUCGGAUUCGACACCAAGGAGACUGAGCUACUUACGAUACCGGGCGGUGUCGUCAGCGUGAUAAGCAUUCUACUCGGUACAUACCUGGCAGGUCGCUUCGACCAGCGGUGUUUCUGCAUCAUCGGCAUUCUAUGCUCUGGCCUCCUUGGAGGCUGUCUCAUGGCAUUCGCUCCGAGUGACAACAAAGGCGCCAAGCUGGCAGGAAACUACCUGACCAACUGCGUGGGCUCAGCACUUCCCUUACUUUAUUCUACCGUCGGCGCGAAUGUCGCCGGUCAUACCAAGAAAGUGACCAUGAAUGCAAUCGUCCUGAUGGCGUUCUGCCUGGGCAACAUACUAGGCCCGUUGUCGUUUCGCACUGAGGACGAGCCAGAGUACAUGCCAGCUAAGAUCGCCAUUGUGGCCACUGUCUCUGUUGCGAUAGUGUUCACCGUGGCUCUCAAGUGCUACUACAUCUGGGAGAACCGACGGCGCGAUAGAAAGUGUACAGGGCUUCAACAUGAAGAGAAUUCCGAGUUUUUGGACCUUACAGACAAGGAGAACCUUGAGUUUAGAUAUAAACACUGA